AUGUUUGCGCGAAAGGCUCUUCUGUGUCUUUCGUUGCUGGCAACCUUUGCAGCUGCAAACCCAUCAGCAGCUGAUCAGUUCAAAUCGCCUCCUGCGACCUCCCGAGCUAAAUUUCGCUAUUGGAUUCCCGAUGCUAGUGUCACAACUUCCUACGUCCAACAAGACAUCGCCGACCUCGCUGCCAAAGGAGCAGGUGGUUUUGAGCUAGUACCUUUCUACGCCUAUGGCAAUCCCACGGAUGCCGCGCUACCCACGGACUGGAACACGUAUGGAUUUGGGACCGAAGCUUUUCGGAACGUGUUCGAUACAGCAUUGCAAGCAGCAGUUGACAACUCUCUUCUGAUGGACUUUAGCUUAGGUGCUAGUCAAGGUCAAGGAACACCCGCUGAAGCUGGAACCGAAGGAUUAUCUAUCCAUUUGCAACUCGGUGUUAUGACGGUCAGAUCGGGAAGUUCAAUUAUAGCUUCCGUCCCAGAGCCGCAAAGUCUUACUGGUACCCUGCUCUCCGGUGGUGGGUUCAUGCAUGGUCUCACCAAUGCUGAGAAAGGAAACUUGAAGGGUGUGAUUGCUGGCAGGAUAAUAAAAGAAUCUGAGAGUAACAGCUCUGACACGACGACGAAGGUGAUAAUAGAUGAAGACUCCAUCGUCGAUCUCAGUCCCUAUGUGAAUGGCCUCAAUUUGAAUUGGAAAGUUCCGGCUGGCAAUGACACAUGGAAGAUAUUUGCUUUCUGGGAGGGCUUUACCAACCAAGUGUCCUGCUCGGGUGGCAUCAACGGGACAACAACGAUACAGAGAGGGUCUCUCGCUGUAGACCAUUUCAGCAAGGCCGGCGCCAAACUCCAUACCAAAUUCUUCGAUGAUCAUAUCCUGACAGGAGAAGCGACUAAAACGAAUCUCAGGGCCAACGGUAGAUAUGCCUGGGAGGACAGUAUGGAAUUACUUCUCGUGCUUCCUUGGACACGAGGGUUUCUGGAGAGGUUUGAAUCCGCCCAUGGAUAUAGUCUUGUGAAAUACUUGCCGCUUCUAUUUAACAAAGGCAAUUCAUGGGCACGUACAUACACUCCUUACGACGAGGAGUAUGUGUACGGAGCGUAUACUACAGACCACGUCAGUGUUCACGACGCAAAUUAUCGGCAGACUCUGAGCGAGUGUUACCAAGAAUAUCUGGAUUACCAUGUUGAAUGGGCCAAGUCACAUGGAAUCGAAUUCUCCACGCAGGUUUCGUAUAACUUGCCUUUGAGUUUUCUGAACGAAAUUCCAUCGGUGGAUGAUCCGGAAGGGGAAUCUCUCGGAUUCGAGGAUAUCCUAGAUGCCUAUCGCUCUCUGUCUGGCCCAGCCCAGCUUGCUGGCAGAAGCGACAUUUCAUCAGAGGUUGGAGCCGUUUUCCAGCCUGCAUAUAGCCAGACCAUCCCAGAGCUCUUGCUCUCGAUCAAGAAAUCCUAUGCUGGGGGAUUGACAAUGAUGGUCAUCCACGGCAUGGCGUACACUGGGCCAUAUGCGCAAACCACCUGGCCGGGUUAUCAGCCAUUCGGCUAUGGUACCACCGAUUCAUGGAGUCAUAUUCAACCCGCAUGGCGGCACAUGGACGAUGUGCUUGGGUACCUGGGAAGGAAUCAGCACAUCCUGAAAUCAGGAAAGCCUCGUAUUGACCUUGCCAUAUACCAGUCCGAUAGCGCUUGGACUGCUGCGCGUAUCUAUGAUUCGGACAAUCUGCAAGCAAAAGGAUAUACCUACAAUUUCAUCGGCCCGCAAAACCUGCAACUCCCAGCCGCGUCCGCUUCGAACGGGGUUCUCAGCCCUGAUGGUCCUAGCUAUAAAGCAUUGGUAUUUCUUAAUAACACCCAGAUUGAUGAAGAAGUUGUUUCCAAGGUUCGAGAGUUCGAUCGUGCUGGAUUACCCGUCUUCUUCGUGGGUGAAGUCCAGCCUCUGCCCCUAUCCUCCCGGCCGAAUGAGCAAUACAACACUUCUGUUUUGGUGGAACAGCUGAUCGCACAUGGAACAAACAUCCACCAUGUCAAAAGGAACGAUGACCUUCCCGCAGCUCUAGCAAAAGCAAGUAUUACACCGCGUGUGCAGUUUUCGUUUCCAAACAGUUCGAUCUUCAGCGUCUAUCGCACAGAGACCCAAUCCGGAAAUGAUUACGUUUGGUUGUUCAACAACGCAAAUGCCACUUUCUCUUCUACGCCCAGUUUUCAGGUCAGCAAGGACAUGGUGCCACAUCUUCUGGAUGCUUGGACCGGAGACACACGACCGAUCGGACAGUAUUCGUUCUCCAAUACAGGGAUGCAGAUACCUCUCAAACUCCAACCUUAUGAGACCAUUAUUAUUGGUUUCAGGCCCUUGACAGCGAAGAGGCAGAGCUGGGUUACGAAUACUUCCGGAGCUGUUAAAGCGGUCAGCUACACUGUUGAUGGGAAACUAUAUGCGAGCAUAAAGGGACCGUCAAAAGUGAGAAUCAACAACACCACGGAACGGAGUCUGGAUGCAGUUGUGCCGUCUCCUACUUCGCUCAAGCUCUGGAAUCUGGAAAUCCAGGAUUGGAAAGGAGAUCCCAACGACACGACCUCUAUCAGGACCCAGAUCUCAACACAUAAGUUCAAGAACCAGACUCUACUGCCCUGGAAAAGCAUCUCUCCUGAGCUCGAAAACGUCAGCGGCAUUGGCACCUAUACAACCAACUUCACAGUUCCGGACAUUGAGGACAUUGGGGCGUACCUCUCGGUUGGACCGAUCUUCAACACUCUUCGCGUCUGGGUAAAUGGCUGCUUGGUGGGUCCAUUCGCGGCCGAUAAUGCAGCAGUGGACAUCAGCAAUCAUAUCCGUCGCGGCGAGACCAAUAAUGUCAAAGUUGAGGUGUCAACCACGCUUUAUAAUCGCAUCAGAGCUGAGAUGAACGCCACGAUGUGUAUGGGAUCUCUGCUUCCGCUAACGGCCCCGAAUUAUGCGUCUGCCGGAAGUCAGUCUUACGGCCUGAUGGGGCCUGUGGUCCUUGACUGGGUGGCGAACAGGAUCCUGGAGUGA